AAGCAUAAAAAUAGAUGUCAAAUGGCAAGUCAUGUCACACGACCCGAAAGAAUUCGUUCAAGUAAUGAUUUAGCUCAUUGAUUUUAAAAGUGUAAAGAUUUUCCGACUAAUGCCAUUUGUUUGCUGAGAGCAUGACGGACCCUUCUUCAUAUGGGUAUCGGGAGAGCGCGACGCAGCUGCCACAGGCGGAGCAGCAGAGGCCGGGCGGUGUGCUCCCGUCGGAGUACAAGUUCGCUCCAGAUGAGCUGCGCGUGCUGGGCGAGUGUAACCGAGAGAGCUUCUUCCAGCGGUCUCUGCCGCUCGGUACCACGCUGGGCCUUGGUGCCUAUUUUGCUAUUCAAAAAGGUCACUUAAAACCAAAUCCACGGUUCGGGGUGAUCCCCAAAGUGACUCUAGCUGUGAUGGUGGGCUACUUCAUCGGUAAGCUGUCGUACCAGCAAGCAUGUGCCGAGAAACUCAUGGCGUUACCCGGCAGCUACAUCGGACAGCUGUUACGGGAGCGAAGGGAUGGAAAAGUAGGAGGAGGCGGGCAGACUAUGGUUACCAGGCCAGGAUCGACGAUGUUGGGCGCGAACCCGGGCGACAUCUAUUCGGAUGCUGGUCCUGGCAACUCCCUGGAUCUUGACACUGACCGUCCUCUCUUCAACGACGAUUCCUACCGUCCAGGACAGCCAACCCCAAUACCAUCUCCGGACAUGGCACCCAAAAGUGCUAAUCCGGCUUUGACGUAUGAAGAGCUGCGUCGUAAGAAUAGAGAAGAUUACAAAGGCGCCAAGCAGGACCCCUACAGGACUGACCUGGGUCCGGCGCCGAACGUAACGCGCAUGCGCCCGUCGGAACCCGCCCCGCCCGCACCCGCACCGACGAACAAGUACGGUGACGUCAUGGAAUAGUACGUCGCUCGUUGUAGUCCUGUCUUCGCGUAGUCCACCCAUACGUUUCAUAAGUACAUCGUGAUAGUGCGCGCUUACUAGCAAAGCCUUCAAGGUUGGUACUCUUGGUAUACCGUCGUAGAGUAACGAAAUAUAUAGGCUGAAAUACUGGCCAGUAGUACGCAUUUGUCAGAAAACUUACCUCAUCGUUAUUAUGUAUGUAUGAAACUGUUUUCAAUAAAAGGAAAAAUAUAGAUGAAUUUUUA